AUGGCGGCGCAUGAAAGGGGCACCGCCUCCGUACAGGGGUCCGAGCGCGCGGGCUCCUCCUGGCCCUCUGCAACCGUGCCGCGCGCGACCCUCUCGUCGUGUCUGCCGGGCCCCGCCAGCCCUGCGCCCGCCCGCCUGCGCAUGGCCCCGGCGACGCUCGGCAUGAACCUCGCUGGACUCAAGACGUGCAGCGGGGGGCGCGCGGGGCCCGGCCCGCUGCCCUUCAGCGUCGAGUCGCUGCUGGAGGUGGAGCGCCGGCUGGACUCGGAGCCCGCAGCGCUCCGGGAGGAGAGGCCACGGGGCACCGCGGAGCCCUGGGCCUGGUUCCCGACGGCUGCCCGCUCGUCCUCCCCACGCGCCCCCAGCCCUCCACCCUGCACCCUCCGAAAACACAAGACCAACCGCAAGCCGCGGACUCCCUUCACCGCCGCGCAGCUGCGGGCGCUGGAGCGCAAGUUCCGCCAGAAGCGGUACCUGUCCGUGGCCGAGCGCGCCGAGUUUUCCAGCAGCCUGAGCCUCUCGGAGACGCAGGUCAAGAUCUGGUUUCAGAACCGCCGCGCCUAGGCCAAGGGGCUGCAGGAGUCGGAGCUGGAGAAGCUCACGCUGGCGGCCCAGGGCGCCAUUAAGAACGAGCACUGUGCAGCGCUGACGCGGACACGACUCGUGAAGCUCGGCGCUGGGCUGCAGAGGCGGCGCGGCUAG